AGUGUAAGAAUAAACAAGAAGUUUGCCUUAGCUAAGUUGGUAGUGGGCUAGAAACAAAAUAUCAAGGGGCCCAAUUUCAGGUUUACCUAGAUUAGGGUUCGAAUCCCCCUUAUAAGUUGUAACAUCAUUCCUUUUUUUUGCAAAAAACGAAAAAUUUGGUAUUAACACCUCUAUAAAAAUAAAGUUUUAUUUUACGGCCACAUAAAAAAAAAAAAAAAUUGGCUUCUACCACCACCAAUCACCUCCAACUAACGGAUUCUGUCCAUAAAUCCGUUAGUGGGAUCUAUCAUGUCCAUGUGUCACCAUAUUAUGAAGGUGGUAAAAACAAUUAAGUUGUUUUUUAGAGGUGGUAAAAAUAAAAAAUUCCUUUGUUUUAACCAAACCACUCGACUACUCCCUUAUUCCUAUUUCCCAACCACGAGGCACGAACCACCACCCACGCGGCCACGAGUCACGAAGUGCAGCGAGCAUUUCGGCAAAUGUUUACUAAGAAAUUAACAUCACAAGAUAAUAUGACAUUCGAAUCCCCAUUGUAACAUCACUCCUUUUUUGGGGGGGUGUUUUAUUUCAAGCAUACCACUCGAUUACUCCUUCAUUCCUAUUUCCCAACCAAACCCAAAUUACUUGUAUUGUGUACCCGUUUUUUUUUAAAUAGGAUGAUUGUGUACCCGUUUUUUUUUUUAGUUAAAUUAUCGAAAUUGUCCCCCAUUGUCAAAUUUCUAGGUCCGCCACUAUACAUCGACUAAUUUUCAUGUUGAACUUUAGUAAUAGAAAGCAAAUGAUUUCAUAUUUAUACUACGUAAUAAACAAGUUGAAUAAAAGAACCAUCUAGAUGCUCUUUCUCGGUUAAUUCUACUAAAUUUAACAAGGGUACUUAACUUUUUUUAGAAUUUGGAGUUAUGUUACAUACAAAUUAUUAUAUAACCCAACGAUGAUUCUAACAUCAUAUGUCAAAGUUGGUCUUUAACAGAUUUUUUUAUCAGCUCAUUAACUUAGUUGAAUUUACAUAAAAACAUUAUACUGCUAGUAUUCCAACUCCUAUAGUCCCAUCCCUUGUGCUUUUGCAAAAAAAUUUGCAAUGGCCUGGCCUCUUUCUUAUACCCUCACCUUGUUAACACUAAUUCUCCUACAAUCAAAACCAUCCCCUGUUGCAGCCCAAAAUAGCAGCAACAUAUCAGUUGGCCAAUCUCUCACAGCCAACAUCAAUGGCUCUAAAUGGCUUUCCCCUUCAGGAGAUUUUGCUUUCGGCUUUCAUCAACUUCCUAUCACAGGCAAUCUCUUCUUGCUUGCCAUCUGGUACGCCAAUUAUCCGGACACCAUUGUUUGGCAUGCAAAUGAUGGUAAUCCGGUUCCCCAAGGUUCAUCAGUAAAGAUAACUGCUAAUGAAGGCUUAGUUCUUACUGAUCCUCAAGGGACCAUCUUAUGGAACAUCUCUGACGAGAUUUAUGGUGAUAGUGGUUGGGUGAGCUACGGUUUCAUGAAUGAUACAGGGAAUUUUGCACUAAAAGGAAGCAGCAACAGCAUUCCUAUUUGGCAGAGCUUUGAUCAUCCUACAGACACCUUGCUGCCUGGUCAGUCUUUGGAACUUGGUAAGAUGAUUAAGUCUCGACUAUCAGAUACUAACUAUACGAUGGGAAGGUUCCAAUACCAUCUAACCUUGGAUAGAACCAUGGCUCAAUUUAUCAGGGAUCUAAGUACCGGCUACAUCUAUGGUGCUUAUCAUACUAGUGACCCAGGAAAUGAAGGUCAGGCUCAAAGAUAUGUGUACAAUGAGUCCGGGCAUAUGUACAUAUUAAGAAAAGAUGGAUCGAUGUAUAAUAUGUUACCAGAUGGUUACUCACCAUCACAAGAUCAAUAUCAGAGAUUAAUCAUGAGCUCUGAUGGGAUUUUAAUAUGGUAUUCCGCCCCAAAAGCAAGAAAUAGGGGCGGCUGGUCAAGAUUUCAAGUAGUUCCUAGUAAUUUGUGUAUGGAAAAAGCUGAAAGAAAUUUAGGCAUUGGACUUUGUGGGUCUAACAGCAUGUGCACCAUAGGUGGUAACCACGCCCUAAUGUGUACAUGCCCACAAGGCUACUCGCUCACCGAUCCAAAUGUUCAAUAUGGUGGCUGUAAACCUGAUUUCAAGCUUCAGAUUUGUGAUGAUAAUGCAGAGAGAUCUAUGAAGGGCGAGUAUAGCUUAGUACAACUUCAAAAUACUGAUUUUGUUUACAAUGAUUAUGAAAUGGUUAAUUCUAAAAGCGAAGAAGAUUGCAAGAGUUCUUGUUUGGAAGACUGUUUCUGUGCUGCUGCUUCUUUCUCUGGCGAUGAUUCUGGUUGUUUGAAGAAGAAGGCACCACUUUUCAAUGGAAGAAAACACAGUUCAAUCAACCAGAGUUUUUGGAUAAAGGUCGGCAACGUUAACAUGUCCAAUGAUCCUUUUGUUACCAAUCUUCUUGUGACAAGAAAAAGAAAAAUGACAACUCCGAUCAAAGUUCUGUUUGGUGGCUCUGUAUCAGUUAAUUUACUACUUUUAAUUGCUUUCGGAAUUUUCCUCAUUUAUGAUAAGAAGCAACCGAAAGAGUCAAAUGAGAGCCAGAGAAAAACACUGAGCGAGUAUAAUCACGUCCAUUAUUUCAGCUACCAAGAGCUGAAUGAGGCAACAAACGGAUUCAAGGAAGAGUUGGGAAGAGGAGCUUUUGGUGUAGUUUACAAGGGCAUGGUAAACGGAGGAGGUCCUUCAAUUUAUGUUGCUGUUAAGAAGUUAGAUCGAAUAUCAUCCGACACUGAUGAAGAAUUCAAAACAGAAGUUAACGUUAUUGGUCAGACACAUCACAAGAACCUAGUACAGCUUGUAGGGUUUUGCAAGGAAGGGGAUCAGCGGCUGUUAGUAUAUGAAUAUAUGAGCAAUGGUAGCUUAGCUGAUUAUCUAUUUGGUGAUAUGCGGCCAAGCUGGAUAGAUAGAGUUCAAAUUGCUCAGGGGACAGCUACGGGGCUAUUGUACUUGCAUGAAGAAUGCAGCACACAAAUAAUUCAUUGUGACAUUAAGCCCCAGAAUAUACUUUUAGAUGAAUAUCAUAAUGCUCGUAUUUCUGAUUUUGGGUUGGCUAAGCUUUUAGUUCUAAACCAAACCCAUACAAACACGGCAAUUAGAGGGACAAAAGGCUAUGUUGCUCCAGAAUGGUUCAGGAAUAAGCCAGUCACGGUGAAGGUAGAUGUCUAUAGUUUUGGGGUUCUUUUAUUGGAGAUUAUAUGUUGUCGAAAGAGUGUAUGUAUGGAACUAGUUGAAGAGGAAGCAGCAAUUUUGACAGAUUGGGCAUUUGAUUGCUACCUAUCAAAUAAACUAGACCUACUAGUCAAUGAUGACAUGGAGGCACUUAAGGACAUGAUCCGGUUGAAGAGGUUUGUAUUGGUUGCCCUUUGGUGCAUCCAAGAAGAUCCAAGUCUACGACCAACAAUGCGAACAGUCACACAGAUGCUAGACGGCCUUGCUGAAGUGCCUAAUAACCCUCCUUGUCCAUCCUCAUUUUCAGUUACUACCCAAUACUAAAACUCCUCAGAUAAAAUGUAUUAUGGU